AUGGUCGGCCCAACAGCUUCAAUCUCCAAUCUGAACCGGGCCGAUGGCUCGGCUUCCUUCAAGUGCCCGACUACCGGCUACGAUGUGCUCGGCGCCGUCAACGCUCCCAUUGAGCUCCCCACUCGCCGCGAUGCCCUGAAACCCGAAGAAGCGACCGUGGAGGUUUUUGUGAAGCCUGGGACGACCACUGCUGGUGUUGGUGAAAGAUACAUCGAGGGAAUUCUGCGCAGCGUGUUGGGAAAGGUGGUAUUGGGGCGCGAGAAGGGAUUCCCUCGAAGAGGCGUGGUCAUUACACUGGCUAUUGUUGGAGGUGGAAAUGUAGAGCGUGGUGAUUCUUACCUCACUAUCCUGCCCGCGCUUCUGCAUACCUCGCUGCUUGCCCUGCUUUCGGCUUCGGUUCCUCUGUCCAUGACCUUCGCAGCAACGACAUUAGGAGUGACCAUCUCUAACGAAAUCAUCCGCGAUGUCUCCCCCCGUGGCGCCAAAGCUGCCGCAUCGCUUCACGCGCUUGCAUUUUCCUCCAAAGGGCACCUGCUCCUCAACGAGAGCCAAGGGCGAUUCGACUUUGAAAUUUGGGAAGCUGUUCGAGAACAGGCAUUGUUUAUCUGUCAAGGCGCAGCGGUUCCCAGCGCAGACGGCGAUGUCGCAAUGGAUGAAGAGGCGGACCGGACACAUUUGGAUGGCUUCAUCCGGGAAACGGUGGAGGACCAGAUUCACAGUGAAUACAACUGGAAGGUUGACUCGGUUUGA